CAAUCGCUUGGUCUGUUAGUGCGAAGACCUCCUAAACUCGAUUUUAAUUCCCGGUCUCGUAUUUUUAUUUGCAAGUUAUUGAGUCUUUUUUCCGGCAUCAUGGGUGACCAAAACUCGGACGAUGAAAGUGGUUCCUCAGGAUCUAGUCGCAGUGGCAGCCGCAGCGUCACGCCGCGAGGCAGUGCACCCGGUUCUCCCCGCAGUGGCAGUGACCGGUCCCGCUCUGCUUCGAGAUCCUCAAGAUCUCGGUCUGGCUCUGGUUCUCCGCGAAGUGCCCGAUCCGGAUCCGCUCAAAGCCGCCGCUCGGGGUCGCGGCAAAGCCGGCGAUCGGCAUCUGUGCAUAGCCAAAAAUCAGGGUCCCCACAUAGUCAAAGGUCUGGAUCUGCUCAUAGUCAGAGAUCGGGAUCCCAUCAAAGCCGAAGGUCAGAUGCUUCCCCAAAAAGUCACAAGUCGGGAUCGCCACAAAGUCGCCGGAGCGAAUCCCCCCAGAGCCGCAGAUCAGGAUCCCCCCAAAGUCGACGGUCAGGAUCUCCCCAUAGCCAGAGAUCGGGAUCUGCCCAAAGUCGCCGAUCUGGUUUAGCUCGAAGCGCUAGAUCUCGAUCCCGAUCCCGCUCACGUAGUGGAACCGCUAAGGGCAGCGGUAAUGAGGAGUCUCGCUCGAACUCGCCGAACCUGCAGAUCGACGAUGAACGUGCCCACUCGAAGAGCAAAAGUAAGAGCAAGAGCAAGAGUAGGAGUCGCAGCAGAAGCAGGAGUGGCAGUCGUACUUCUAGGUAUAGCUCCAAGACGGGCACGCCAUCCCCCAACCGAAGUCGCAGUCGCAGUGGAUCCGGUUCUGGAAGCGACAUGGGCGUUCCUAAAAAGAAGGUGCGUCGCACAAGCGGUUCGGAUCAAGAGAAGCGCAAGAGCGGCAGCGAUAGCGACAUGGACCAGUCGCCCAUUAAGAAAUCGCGCCUGAUUGAUUCGGACAGCGAGAGCGACCAAGAGAAGGGGAAAAAGGUUGCUCCAGCGGCUGCUGAUAUAUUUGGAGACGCAGAUGACAUCAGUGACGAUGAUGAGGCAGUUGACCCGGCCACCGAUAAAUCCCCGGCACGUUCCAAGAGUCGCAGCAGGAGCAGGUCCCGCUCACGUAGCCGUUCCAUGAGCCGGUCGCGGUCUCGCUCCCGCUCGCGGUCCCGUGAUCGUGCCGAAUCCCAGGUGGUGGUGCCGCCCCCCAAAGAGGAUGAGCCGGAACCGUUGCCAGAGACAAGAAUCGAUGUGGAGAUUCCCCGUAUCUCGGCGGACCUUGGUAAAGAGCAACACUUUAUCAAGCUGCCGAACUUCUUGUCUGUAGUCACACAUCCCUUCGAUCCGGAGACAUACGAGGAUGAGAUCGAUGAGGAGGAGACGAUGGAUGAGGAGGGACGGCAGCGCAUCAAGCUCAAAGUCAGCAACACCAUCCGUUGGCGUGAGUUCAUGGACAACAAGGGCAACAUGGUACGCGAGUCAAACGCCAGAUAUGUGCGAUGGUCGGACGGCAGCAUGUCGCUUCACCUGGGCAACGAGAUAUUCGAUGCCUAUCGGCAGCCGCUGCUGGGCGACCACAACCAUCUGUUUAUCCGCCAAGGAACUGGUCUGCAGGGCCAGUCGGUGUUCAGGACCAAGCUUACCUUCCGGCCCCAUUCAACGGAGUCUUUUACGCACAAGAAGAUGACUAUGUCGCUGGCCGAUCGCUCUAGCAAGACCAGUGGCAUUAAGAUCCUCACUCAGGUGGGCAAGGAUCCCACCACGGACAGACCUACUCAGCUUAAAGAGGAGGAGGCCAAGCUGCGACAAGCUAUGCGCAACCAGCACAAGGCUCAGCCCAAGAAGAAGAAGGCGGGUGCUGGCGAGCCACUCCUGGGUGGUGGUGGCAACUCAUCCUAUCAGCACGACGAUGGUAGCGACGAUGAGAACGCCAUUAGCUUGAGCGCCAUUAAAAACAGAUACAAGAAGGGCUCAUCCGGCGGCGGCAAUCAAGCGGAAGUGAAAGCAUCUACCAUCUACUCCUCAGAUGAAGACGAGGGCUCCGACUUCGAGGGGCGGCGCAAUAAGAAGGUGGACAAGGCCAAGGCAAGCAAGGCGCUGCGCGAUUCAGACAGCGAAUCGGAUGCUGGCAGCGCCAAGAGUGACAAGAGCGACAAAAGCGGCAAGGAUGAUAGCAGUGCGGUCGGCAGCGACCAGGAAGGCAGCCGCAAGAGCGCGGGCAGCAGCAAGUCGGGCAGCGGUAGUGGCAGUGGCAGCGGCUCCGGCAGCGGAUCUGGUAGCGACAACGAUGAUUAAUUUCUUUUACUGUAUAAAUAUAUUCUAUGUUUCUUAAGACAGCCAAUAAAUAGUUAGAUAUGGAAGAAUGUGUA